AUGACAACACCACAAUCUCAACAAAUGACCCUCCAUUUGGUCGGUUUAGGCGUCACCCAUUCCAUCGCCUACAGCAUGCACAACCACAUUGCAAAAUCUCUCGGUCUUCCCUGGACUUUCUAUUCCACAGAAUGCGCUUCCCUUGAAGAUCUGCUACAGCUUGCCAGAGCACCAACCACUGCCGGUUUGGUCGUGACUAUGCCAUACAAGAACUCCGUCAUGAAACAUCUCGAGGAGCUAGACGAAAUUGCAAGGAUGAUCGGAGCAUGCAACAAUGUGUACUACAAAGGAAAUGACAAAAGACGCAUCUGUGGCACCAACACAGACUGGCGGGGAGUCAAAGGUUGUCUGCUGGAGAAAGGAAAUGAAGCCGAAAGGCCAUCGACAACUUCCCCCGCCGCGGCGUUGAUCGUGGGAGCUGGCGGUGCAAGCCGAGCAGCCAUAUAUGCUUUGUCGACACAACUACAUUGUCCAACAAUCUAUAUCUUGAAUCGCGACGAUCAAGAAGUGAUAGAUCUCACUCGAGACACGCAGAAGUUGACACCUGCUCCGACAAUCAUCCACGUAAAAACGCUCGAGCAGGCUAAGGAACUUCCUAGCCCCUAUUACGUGGUUGGAACGGUUCCCGACUUUGAGCCAGUGACUAAGACAGAAGUGACGGUCGCUGCUGUUCUCGAGUCUUUCCUGUCGCGACCCGAAAAGGGUGUCCUGCUAGAUAUGUGCUUCAAGCCACGAAGAACAAGAAUGAUUAAACUAGGCGAAAGCCUGGCGUGGCCAUGUGUGGAGGGGACACAUAUCAUCGGAUAUCAAAUCGAGGAGCAGUGGCGGCUGUGGGCUGGAGAGGAGAAUAUCCAGAAGCUGGAUCACCGGGGCGCGUGGGAUGUGUUGAUGAAGGCGGCAGAAGAAAGCAAAGCGAUAAAUUUCUAG